AUGAUGAACGUAUCAACUGGCACGAGCGCAAAUAGUACGUUAGUAGUACGUUCCUCAUACACGCCAAAUUCAGUUCUUUCACGAGUAGAAGGAAUAACAGUGUCUUUUUUUUUCUUGUUGGAAGCUGUCCUGAUUGUCACAGGAAACUUUCUCACAAUUGGUCUCUUUGCAACAGAGCGAAAACUUCGAAAGAAGAGUCUUUUUCUGGUAGUAAACAUGGCUUUCGCAGAUUUGAUUUCAGGAGCUGUUUCCUUGCCUUUGUAUGUGUACUUAUACAUCGGUCCCACCUAUCGGCUAUGGAAAUGGCAUACAUCAUACAUAACGUUGCGUAUCGGUUGGGACAUCACUGAUGCCAUCUUCUCACAGGCAUCAUUAAUCUCUGCUGUUUUUAUAGCCUUUGAACGAUUUUACGGCAUUUACUGGCCGCUAAAACACCGAACUUUGUCACCCAAAGCGUACUACAUUACAAUUGUCAUCGUCUGGACGCUGGCCUUGCUGGUUUCGGCGGUGUUCAACCCUGUCAAGUACUUGAUUUCAGAAAAAGCAGCUACGUAUGCUUGGAUGUCAUUCCCUUUGCUGUUUCUAUUUAUUGUUUGUGCUUGUAACAUUGGUAUUUGUAGAACUUUCCACAAGAGAAAAGUUUCUUCACAACAGGGAAACAGAGCAUCUCAAACCCAACGCUUGACCAUAACCUUGUUGCUCGUGUCCACCAUUUCUCUACUGUCAUGGCUUCCUCUAGUAACUGCAAACUACAUAUUCUAUGUUCAAAACAUUAAUACAUGUAAAUGGCAUUUGAUUUAUGAUAUCAUAAAUAUUCUCAACUUUUCUAACUGUUUUGUUAACUCGGUUUUGUACUCAUUAAGAAUACCUGAGUUCAGACAAGCACUAGCUUUAUGCCUCACAAGAUGCCAAAAAGUAAUAAACAGACCGGGUGGACACGAAGAAAGAGAUAACCGAAGCUUUGAUUUGACUCCACUACCAAACAACUCGAGCCCUCUGCAGCAGGAUUUUGAACUGAAACCUGUAGUCACUAAAGUGUGA